ACUCGGGUACUCGGCCGUUGCGAGUUGAGGUGAGACAUACAUGGUCUAAAGAACAUGCAUUGAAGCGUCACCAAGUUGUAGCUUUCGCAUAUGCAUCAAUGCAUGUGAUUGCUGUCGAAGAAGGCGAACCCAAGCAACUAUGGGAUCAGUGUCUUACCAAGAUUAACCCGAAGUGUGCAUUGGAUAUAGUUGAGGGUAUUUUUGGAAACGGGACGGUCUCUGACUCUUGUUGUCCAGAACUUAUCAAAGAGGGAAAGUUGUGUUACGACACUCUCAUCAAAUACAUGACGAGCAGGCCGAUUUACAUUGCCCACGAAGCAGAGUAUUUGAAAAAGAGUGAUGACUUAUGGAUUCGUUGUGCUGCUAUUCCCACGAUAGCUUAA